AUGGUAGUUCACUCGAUAUACGUGCUGAACAAGGCUGGUGGUGUGAUUCCACAAAACAAAUAUGAUGGAAAAUUUAUUAAACCUUUCGGAAAUCAAUAUUUGACAUUGGCAUCAACAUUUCACGGGCUUCAUGCCAUUUCAAAAGAAUUAAUUCCACCACAUGCACGUGUUAAUCCAGAAGAGGAAAAUGGUGGUAUUGAAGUACUUGAUUGUGGAACUUACAAAUUAUUUUGCCAUGCUGCAACAACAGGAACUAAAUUCUUUUAUUUAUUUGAUGCCAAGAAAUUCUCCAAUGAUGGUGUCAGUACCAUGGAAGAUUGUUGUAAAUGGGUUUACCAAUGUUAUGUAGAUUAUGUAAUGAAGAAUCCUUUUUAUGAAUUGGAAAUGCCAAUCAAAUGUUCUCUAUUUGAUGAACAUUUAGAUAAAUACAUGACAAAUUUGAACUCGACCCUCAAGAAGGCACCAUAA